AUCCCACCCACGCUAAUCUUCUCUGCCCAAAAUAAGGUUGUCUUGACUGGCCUUCUCUAAUCAGGCAAAGGCUCAACGACGACCAAAAGGCAACAAUUUCCUUCCCUGCCUUCGGUGGCUGCCUUUAUGGUAGAACAGGGAGUAGGUGAUCCCAAUCCACAUCCAGGGUUUCAGAAUUGCUUCCAUUUUCGCUUCCUUGUAUAAGGGAAUGUUCCCAUCCUCCCUUCAGUUCUGAAGCAACUCUUUUAUUCAAUUGCCAUUAGGGGUAAAAGGUCAACUCUACUCAUCUCUUUCUCUCUCUCUCUCUCUGUCUCUGCGACUGUGUAGCAAGUCAAGCAUGGCGGGUCGUAGAGAUGGGUCUUUGAUGAGAGACAAGGGCCAAUCGGUCCGCAGAUCUCGAAUUCUCGUUGCGAUUGUGAUCGGAGUUCUUCUUGGCUGCGUCUUCGCCUUCUUGUUCCCGCACGGACUGUUCAUCUCCGAUCGGCGAAAGCAAAGCCGUCGAAUCGGCAAGUCGGAUCUCAAGAUGGGCAUAUCAUCAUGUGAAUCACCAGAGCGGAUUGACAUGCUGAGGUCGGAUAUCUCAUCCCUAUCACAGAGGAAUUCUGAGUUGAGUAAGCAGGUCAAGGAUCUAACCGAAAAGUUAAGGCUAGCUGAACAGGGAAAAGAUCAUGCACAGAAGCAAGUUUCAGUGCUUGGUGAGCCACACAAAGCUGGGCCUUUUGGUACUGUCAAGGGGUUGAGAACUAACCCAACUGUCAUCCCUAACGAAUCGGUGAAUCCUAGACUGGCUAAGACUUUAGAAAAAGUUGCUGUUCAGAAUGAGCUUAUAGUGGCACUUGCAAAUUCAAAUGUGAAAAGCAUGCUGGAAGUCUGGUUUACUAGCAUCAAGAGAGUUGGUAUACCCAAUUAUUUGGUUGUAGCAUUAGACGAUGAGAUUGAAAAUUUCUGUAAAGCUAACGAUGUUCCUGUCUAUAAGAGAGAUCCAGAUGAAGGUAUUGACUCGAUUGCAAAAACAGGAGGCAACCAUGCUGUCUCUGGGUUAAAGUUUCGUAUACUGAGAGAGUUUUUAGAGCUGGGUUACAGUGUUCUUCUCUCAGAUGUUGAUAUAGUAUACUUGCAGAAUCCAUUUGAUCAUCUCCAAAGGGAUUCAGAUGUAGAGUCUAUGAGUGAUGGUCACAAUAACAUGACAGCUUACGGAUACAAUGAUGUAUUUGAUGAGCCAUCAAUGGGUUGGGCUCGAUAUGCACAUACAAUGAGGAUAUGGGUGUACAACUCUGGGUUUUUCUACAUAAGGCCUACACUUCCUUCAAUCGAGCUAUUGGAUCGUGUGGCUAUUCGUCUUUCACGAGAAAAAGCAUGGGACCAAGCAGUUUUUAAUGAGGAGCUCUUUUUCCCUUCACAUCCUGCGUAUGAUGGGCUCCAUGCUGCAAAGAGAACUUUGGAUUUUUAUCUCUUCAUGAAUAGUAAGGUCCUGUUUAAGACGGUAAGAAAAGAUGCAAAGUUGAAAAAGUUGAAACCAGUAAUUGUUCAUAUAAACUACCACCCAGAUAAACUUUCAAGGAUGAAAGCUGUUGUCGAGUUUUAUGUUAAUGGCAAGCAAAAUGCGCUAGAUCCUUUCCCGGAUGGUUCUAGCUGGUAGAGCAAUAGUUCCAUUGAGCAUUUUGUUCUGAACCCAUGGAUGGGCUCGGAAGUUCACAUGCCAAAUCAGAUAGAAGAUUGAUAUGAUUGCAUAUUUGAAGGGGCAUCCAAAUUAUCUCGUUUCAUUUCUUUUCCUCCAGCAGUUUGGUUUUGUGUUCAUAUGCUUUUCUAGGUUUCCCUCGGGUUCUCCUCAGAAAACCUCUGCUCUGUCUCAUGUAUACUGAAAAAUCAUAUACAACGUUUUUUUUUUUGCCUUUCAUUAUGACACAAGUUUUCUGUACCGAGACUUUCUUUUAUUACAUACAAUUUUAGAUAAGUUUUAUUUUA